CACUGCGCGCUUCUGUGUGUGUCACUUCCUUGUUCUGAAGUGCAGACGAAAACUUUUCAACCUACGGGCACGUCCGGACUUUUGUGACUUUUAUUUCUUCAAACGAGCUAACUUUUGUGUUAAAUGUUCGAACCAAACUUCUAGCUUGCCAGUUAAUCAUUCCUCGCUCCGAGCUGACUGAAGUUAGAAGUUAUUAUGGCUGACAACAGAGAAGAGGAGAGAGAGGACGGAGAGGAACCUCAGGGCGCCGUGGGUGGGGAAGAUGUCAUUGACGAUCCCAUCAUGGAGCGAGGAGCAGUGAUCCUUAGAGGGUUUGUGAUUGAACGUAUAAACGCAGAGGACCCCAGUCGACACGUGUCCUCAGAGUAUCUGGGAGGAAGGCCAAAUGAACAACAGGAGCCCCAAAUUAAAGAAGUGGUGGAACAGCUGAUCAGGAUUUCAGAUGAGAUAAACCGGAACACUGAGCUCCAUCAUCUAAUUAACCAAGUUCAGGACGACUGUGCUCGGAACAUCUUCAUGACGGUGGCCAGGAAAAUCUUUGCUGAUGGCAUCAACUGGGGUCGAGUAGUGGCUCUCUUCCAUCUGGCCUACAGACUCAUACUCAAGGCAAUGAACUCCAACCAUCUAGAAAACAUCCGAACAAUCAUCAGCUGGUUUCUGCAGGCCAUCAGAGAGCUGCUCUACUCCUGGCUCGUACAGCAGGGAGGCUGGGAGGGGGUGAUCCGUGGAAUUUCACGCUGGAGGAAACUAACCAUAGUAGCAUCGGUAGCACUGGUGGCAGCUAUUGUUUACUACAGGAAGACCCGCUGAGAGCAUCGGACCUGGCAACCAGGGCUGCAGUCCCAUCUCCUGGAUAAACGCAGCGUGUAAAUUAAGACAGUGUCCGGACAUUAAUUACAACCACUCCUCCACUCCAUCUCAUUAACCGGCAGAGGUCAAGUACUGUACAUAAUCAUCUCUUCUCAGGAUUUCAAAACAGAACAAACUAAAAAAAGUGCAUUUGCAGCAAGCUGUCCACCGGACAUCUCCAUCAGCCUUCACCAGAAAACUGUAAGGAAGUACACAUGAGCUGCUGCAACGCACCGUGUAGCAGCCAUUUUAGAGGCUGUCGGAAGGUGAUGGUGUUCAUCGACAUGUGACGUCACUGUAGUUGUAUUCAACAGACUAAAGGACCUGACUCUACCUGAGCCAGGUCUCAGGUCCACAUGGGUUGUGGGUUGGGGUCAAAUGUAAAUGUCUCCAUGUCUUGGGUCUAAGCAGAAUUUGGACUUGACCUGAGAAGACAUAAAAAGCAAUGAGCACAUAAACAACAACAUCAAAUUAAAAGUACUGUAGAUUCAUUAUGAUAGCUUGUGCUGGACAUUUGCAUGCAUUUUAGCGAUGAGGCAGCCACAUUGGCUGUGUAGUGCUCGGCUGCAACCGAAACAAUUUUAAACGGCCAUGGUCUUCCACAUUUUUGUAAAACACUUUUUCUGGAUAUAUCAGGUAGAUAAGACCUAGUCACAGGCCCUUUUCAAAUCAGAUACACAUUUUCAGUCUUGGGAAUACCUCCACUUAGUAGCCUAUAAUCAUUCCCACUUUAAAGUUUAUCUUUCAAUAUUAUCCUCUACGUGAAAACCCAGGACUGUCACAGCUCAAUGUAAAGCUAAAAUAGGUUUAUAUUGGAGCCAUCGUUUUUUUUUUUUAAUAUGCCAGCUUUGUUUCUGAGGAAUCCUGUUUUACCGUCACUUGGUGGAUGAGCCUCGGGCACUGUGGCUGUGGAAAAGAAGCCAAAAACGAAAAACAAAUGAGAGCUUCAGGGGAAUUCACAGCACGUCAUAGUUGCAGUAGACCUUUUCACAGCAGAACAUUUGGCAUGUGAAAGCACAACAAGCACCGGUGUCAUCAUUACAGUAAUGGCAUACACAAUGGCUGCAUACCAUUUUGUGUUGCCCCGCCCAGGGCCUUUGCCUUUUGUAAUUACAUUGGUAAUGAAAUAAGUUACACAAUAUUCCAAGUCGACGUGUCAGCUGAGGAAAUGGGUCUAUUGCCAACAAAACCCAGCGUCUGAUUCGGCUGAAUGUGAAUUUAAUUUAAACAAAUCAUUGUAUCGUCACAUUUCUACUAAUCUUAAGCUUCAGCUGGGUUAUUGGACGUCUCUUACCGCAAUGCUUCCUGAGAGUUGUUGUUUUUAUGUAACUUUGAGUGUCUUAAAAAAAGAAAAAAAAGAAAAUCUGAUAUUUUCUAACUGUUUCUAAACCUUUGUACUAAUAAUUCACCCAGAGAAUUUCAUGUCCAUCAUUUAACCUUUUUAAUGUGGAAUUUUAGCUUCCAAGACACUGGGAAUAAGUCCUCCCACCACACAACUCUGUAGCUGUGGUGAGUUUCUUUUAGAGGGUAAGAUACUUUGUUGCUGGUGUUGAUUCUGUGUUCAUCGCUUAGCUUAGUAACUGUGGUCCGUUGGCCAUCUCUGCGCCGUGAACACGCCUGAACUACACACUGGAUCAAGCAACCAGCUGAAUGUCGACGUACGCGUUUACAGCCGAGGUCGUGCAAUUUUCUCUGCCAGCAGUGUUAACAAGCUCAUUUCCGUUGCCUCUGCCUUUCUGUGAUUGUCUUCCAAGGUGUGAAUGUAUGCCGGUCACACGGAUACACGUGACCGAACUCAGCAGCCUAGAAACUGCUGUUAGCCUUGGUUAGCAGGUUUAUGACCAACCAACCAAUAACAAGAGAGGCAAAGGCCACAAAAGACAUGUUGAAAUCAACAGGUGAUGUCAAACUGAGUACGUGCCUACACUAGCCUUUUGUCAAAAAUGUUGAUCUGUUAUUCAGUCACACGAGAGAAGGAAGAAGAGACUUUUGUUUUCUAUCUUUCUUUUCCAUUUGUAUCCCACUGUGAAUGGUAGUAUUUUAGAUACUAAUGCUAAGAUGGAUGAAGACUCUGGGUAACGUUAGCAGCGUUUUCAAGUAGGGAUGUCCCGAUCAGCUUUUUUUGGUCCCCAGUCCCGAUCCGAUUUUUAAAAUCCCGAAUAUCUGCCGAUACAGAGUCCUGAUCCAAUACUUGUAUUUGCCUAAACAAUAGAGCUGCACGCCAUUUGUUUUGUUUACAAAAAUAACUAAGUAAACAAAGUAAUGUCUUCAGCUUAAUAAAUUUAACAUUUAAGCAUUUUUGUAAAAGUCAAAUAUGAAAUCAACUUCUUCUUAGAAUGUUGUAGAAUUUACUGGCGGAAAUGUUCAGAGUAGGGGGAUCGGGGGGGGACUGCCCAUAUGGGCUCCGAUCCGAUCGGGACAUCCCCAUUUUCAACCAACAUAUUAGUUCGAGCUGACUCCUCACAUUGAGAUGGUGUACUGGGCCUACGUUUGGAGACGUACGGUAUUUAUCCAAUUGUGAAAGUUGCUUUUACAAUAUUACAGAAUAGGCCCGCUCAACAUCACAGUCUAGAUAUUAAUUUCUAGCCUACAGAUGCUGGUUCAUUUUUAAACCUGUAAAACCUCUGCUACUGCAAAAGAAAAAAAACAAAACUAUGUCCUUUUAGUUUGUAAGUUUUUAAUAAUCUCUGAUUCUUAAGGUAAACACAUGAGGGAUAGGACCAGACUUUAGAAAGCCUUUUCAGCUGUUCUCUGGGGAAACCGGUUUAUAGAUAAAUAAGUCUUUAUUUAAACUAGUGCUUUUUGGUUAUUACGAUGUGUGAGGGUGAGAUGAUCUGAUGGUUGAUUUAUCCGGUAUCAGUCAGUGGCUUACAACAGACCUACCUAGGUGCUAUUAUCUAGUGCCAUGUGAGCUUUAGUCAGAUAUUUAUGCUAGCAAAUUGAUCUUGCACUUUUUAAAGGGAUAUCACACUAUUUAUCUAUCUAUUCUGCUGUGUUUGAAAAAUGUGACCUGAUAAAUUUUUUUAUGAUAGAAAAAUGAUCUAAUUGGACUCCAUUUCUGUGAAUAAAGUAAAUUAUACCACUCA